CAGCUAAACGUGAAACUCGCCCAGCUAUCGAAAAAGAAAUGUGAUAUAAUGAUUCAAUUGUCUGAAAUGGAGAUACUGUUGAAGGACUAUGACGCGCCAGUGAAAAGGUUGCGGGCAUGCCUGCAGUCCUCUCAGGAGGAUAAUCAGGAGCUGGAGAAUAUGAAGAAACAAUGGGACAUCAGAGCUGGAGAAAUGGAGGCAUUUCAUCUACAGCUCCAGGAGCGUUUUGAACACAUACAGAAACUGAAAGCUGUUUGGGGACUGAUGGAACCACUUAAAGAGCAUCACGGUGGGGAUGCCAGGAUCCCUAGUGCCACCAACACCCAAUCUACCGAUAUCAAGAGUGAGGAAAACAUUGAGAUCGAGGUCAUUGUGAUGAAGGAUUCAACCUUAAUCAAAACCACACUGGAGGAGGUGAACAGGGGUCUUCAGGACACAAAUUGUCAGCUUGAAGAGAAGAAUGCCGCUCUACAUCAAGAACUCCACAGCACUGAGAAGAUGUAUAGACAGACUCUAAACGAGCUGACCAAUGCCCUGAUUCAAGGCAAACAUGAGGAAAAGCAACAUAUUGACACGCUACAAGACAAAAUCCAGACCAUAUCUCUGAAAGCCUCUGCUACCGAGCAUGCUCUGGCCAUGGAGAAGAAUGAGACAGCGCUACUCCGCCAGAGGAUUGUUCAACUAACCUCAAAGAAGCUGAAAAUAGGAAUACCUGGGUUCCUGAUCAAGAACAUUCCCAAGCGCCCGAAAACAACCAAGACCAACAAGCCCUUCUUGAAGACCUGCAAAGUUCUGAAAGCUUUCAAAGCACUAUUCAAGAGAUGAAGGCAAUGCAUACUAUUGUACAUUUGGUGCAAUUAUUCUCAGGACACGGGGUGAGGCAGAGUACAAUAAAUAAAUCCAGAUGCCUUAUUCCAUCAAGAAGUCUUCUUUAAAAUCAACCAAGCUAAAUUGAACACGUGUUUUAUGUAAUUUAUAUGGUAGGUCUCAUUAGAUAUCAUCCAACUGUUUAAAAAUGUCUUUGUAUGCAGAUUUCUGCUGUUGCCAUUAGGUAAGAUACAACU